GGUGAAGCGCGUAUUCAGCGUCGUCAAAGUAUAAAGAAAGCACUCGACGAGAAGAUUGCCAAAUAUAAAGCGCCAUUUCAUCAGUUACGUAUUCAGUACGGUACCAAUAAAGGAAAGAAUUACACGGAAGAGGAGGAUCGAUUUAUGGUCUGUCAGCUGCAUAAACUGGGUUUUGAUAAAGAUAAUGUCUACGAUGAACUGCGUCAAGCCGAAUUACAACGUCGUUGCAAUACGCUGAUAUCGUUGAUCGAAAAGGAGAUGGGUGAAGUGGAGAAUGUGAAAAGUAAACGAGGACCGAAGUCGACCACCACCCCAGCAUCGGCUCAAGCCACAAACGCCAAAGAGAAUGACACCAGCAAAACAUCGUCUACAUCGAAGAGUGCACAAAAACGCAAAGCUGAGUCAGCUUCGUCGAAGGGUUCAGCAAAACGUCAGAAGUGA